CAGAACCCGGCGUCGCGUCGUCCACUCUUCCCCGACCCCGCGGCCAAGUCCCUAUUUAUGUACGCCGGUCCAGUUCGUGCAAUCCACGCAGAAGCAAAAGUCUUUCCCUUCUAUCCUUCCUCCCCCCUGAUCCAUCCCAUUCGGCCACCAGCGACAGCGAUGGGCUCACGCUACGAGGUGGAGGUCACCGUGGGCUCCGCCCGGGACCUCAAGAACGUCAACUGGCGCAACGGCGAACUCAAGCCGUACGCCGUCGUCUGGAUCGACUCCGGUGCCAAGUGCUCCACCCGCGUCGACCUCGACAACGGCGAGAACCCGACGUGGGACGAGAAGCUCCUCGUCCCGCUCCCGCCCACCUCCCGCCUCGACGACGCCGUCCUCUACAUCGACGUCGUCCACGCCAACGCCGCCGAGGGCGUCAAGCCUCUCGUCGGCUCCGCACGCCUUCCGCUCCGCGACGUCCUCGACGACGCCGGGAUAGGGGGCAAGGCCUCGCGCAAUCUCCGCCUCAAGCGCCCCUCGGGCCGCCCCCACGGCCACCUCGACGUCCGCGUAGCCGUCAAGGAGCCGUCCAGGUACUAUGACCCCAAUCCCUACCCGGCCCCCGCGGGCUACGCCAACGCGGGCACUCGUGACCCCUACGGCUCAUCCGCGGCUGCUGGCGGCUACUACGGCUCCGGAGGAGGCUAUGGCAGCGGCGGCGGUUACGGCGGCAGUGGCAGCUACGGCGCCGCGCAGCCCUACACCGCGGCGCCUCCUGCCGGGUACCCUUCCACCUAUGGCUCCGCGCCGCCUCCUCAGCCGGGAUACGGCGCUCCUCCUGUCGCCGCUGCUUACGGCGCUCCUCCUGUCGCCGCUGCUUACGGCGCUCCUCCCGUCGAUGCUGCUACCGCUGCGUACGGAACCAGCGCCGUUGGUGCCGACGGCAAGAAGAAAAACAAGAUGGGGAUGGGAACGGGGCUGGCAGUCGGCGCGGCGGCCGGCGUGCUCGGAGGACUGGCGCUGGCCGGUGGGGCGAGCUACCUGGAGGACAAGUUCGAGGAGCGCGUGUCGGAGAGGGUGGAGGAGAACCUGGAGAGGGAAGAUUCGUACGGGGGCGGCUACGACAACUAUGGCGGCGACGACGACUACUGAUCGGAUCUGAUCCUCAGCUCCCAUCAUUUGCCUGGCUGCUGCGCUUGUCUUCUACCUUCACCUUCGUUUCUUCCGGGUGUCCUAAAUAAAUAUUUACUUGAUGAACCGCAAAUUAGAUAAUGUUCUACGUUGUGGUUUAUUGCGGCGGUAUUCAUGCUGAGAUUGUGGUUUGAGAGAUCCUCGUUUGCGAGUUGAAAAAAUGCCGAAUGAAUUAAUCCCACCGCUAGGUGUGU